AUGGCCCGACUUACGAUAUUUAGAUCUUACGAUGGCGAUAGCGAUAUGGCAAAAUUGUUAAAUAUUUUACAUUUCGCGCGGCAGGCAAACGCAGCAGCGUACGAGAUGGCUCAACCGCCACCGCUCGCUUCACAACUCGGGGACGUUGAAUCUGCGAGUGACCUUUUUGGCAGAGGUCGCCAGAAAGCCACCAUGCCCUCUACCAGGAAGCCAGUCACAGAUGUAUCUUUAGUGUCAGCAGGCAUGGAGGGGCUGAUGGUAGUGGAUCGCGGGGGCCGCCGUCGUGGCCAGAUGCAGACAAUGGAUGUCGGCUUGAUGACUCGCCAGACAAUGGAACAUGUCCGUCAGUCUAAGACUGGCUUGUCGGGUCAGCCGGUCAAACUACUGACUAACUACUUCAAGUUGUUGUCACGGAAGACGUGGAUGGUAUAUCAGUACCACGUGACAUUCAGCCCAGAGCUGGAAUCCAAACGACUGAGGAUUGCGCUGUUGCAUGAACAUAAUGAGCUGCUCGGUGAAACGCGAGCCUUUGAUGGCUGCAUUCUCUACUUGCCCAAGAAACUCGAGAAGGUGAGUGAGGUAUGGAGCCAAACAAGACAGGAACAGAAGAUAAAGAUCACCAUCACUUUGACCAACGAACUCCCACCAUCAUCACCGACUGCCAUUGUGCUGUUUAACAUCAUCUUUCGCAAGGUGCUGAAGAUGGCCAACAUGCAACAGAUUGGACGCAACUACUACAAUCCAGAUGAUGCAUUCACCAUUCCACAGCACAGGUUACAUGUCUGGCCUGGUUUUGUCACCUCCAUCAUGUGCUACGAGUCCGAUGUGAUGCUCUGCGCAGACGUCAGCCACAAGAUCCUCCGGAAUGAGUCCGUUCUGGAUUUCAUGUACACCUUGUAUGAGCAAAUUGGAGAGCGAAAUUUUCAUGAUGCUUGCCAAAAGGAGCUUGUUGGCCAAGUGAUACUCACAAGGUACAACAAUCGGACUUACAGAAUUGACGACAUCUCUUGGAAUAGAAAUCCAAACAUGACCUUCAUGAAGUCGGAUGGCACAGAGAUAACCUACCAUGAAUACUACACAAAGCAAUACAGCCUGGAAGUGAAGGACAUGCAGCAGCCACUGCUGAUCAGCCGCCCAAAGCGCAAGGACUCGGUGGGGAACAAGGUGGAGAUAGAGCUGCACCUGCUGCCUGAGAUCAGCUAUUUAACAGGUUUGAGCGACAAAAUGCGUUCAGAUUUUCAUCUCAUGAAGGACCUUGGCUUGCAAACACAAGUUUGCCCAGACAAGAGGGCAAUGACCACGCAGAAAUUCAUUGAAAAACUCCAAUCGAAUCCGGAGACUUGUAAUGAGUUUGCAAAGUGGGGCCUGUCAUUCGAUCGGCAACUGCUGAGCUUGACUGGUCGCGUGGUGACUUGUGAGAAGCUUUAUCAGAAAGAUCAAUCGUACCAGUAUAACCAAAGACAGGCAGACUGGUCGCGGGAGUCUCGGAACAUGAAGCUGAUGACGCCCAUCUCGUUGGAAGAAUGGAUGUUGCUUUUCACGCGGAACAACAGCAAUGAAGCUCGUGCCAUUGUACAGAACCUGAUGCAAGUCGGCCCACCCAUGGGCAUGCACAUCAACAAGCCAGAAAUGUUUGAAGUUCAGGAUCGCGCACAGUCAUUUGUGCAAACCUUGCAGCAGAAUUUGAACCAUCACACCCAGAUUGUUAUGUGCGUACUGCCAUCGGUCCACAAGGGAAAGUAUGAUUCGAUCAAGCAGUUCCUGUGUGUGGAACGACCGUUCCCCAGUCAAUGUGUUCUCGCCCGGACACUCAGCAAGCCACAAAUGAUAAGGAGCGUUGCGACAAAGAUCGCAUUGCAGAUGAACUGCAAGCUUGGUGGAGAGCUGUGGGGCGUUGAGAUUCCCAUUAAGCAGUUGAUGGUGGUUGGAGUGGACUCGUGCCAUGAUUCUGUUACACGUGGGCAGUCUGUCUGUGGCUUUGUAGCAAGUCUCAACCAAACUAUUACCAGAUGGUACUCGCGUUGCAUUUUCCAGCAUGCUGCUCAGGAAAUGAUUGAUGGACUCAAAGUUUGCAUGCAAUCGGCAGUCAAACGGUGGCAGCAGAUCAAUCGCACUCUGCCAAUGCGCAUCGUGUUAUACCGUGACGGUGUGGGGGACGGACAGCUGAGUGUGGUAGUCAACCAUGAGGUUCCCCAGCUACUCGACUGCCUCAAGAGCCUCGGCACUGACUACACACCCAAAGUCACUGUGGUGGUGGUGAAAAAGAGGGGCAUUGCUCGUUUCUUUGAGUUUGGAAGGAGCGGAGUGCAAAAUCCAUCGCCCGGCACGGUCAUUGACACCGAGGCUACGCGUCAUGAAUGGUAUGACUUCUUCCUCGUGAGCCAGUCGGUGCGCCAGGGCACCGUGACACCCACGCACUACAAUGUGGUGUACGACACCAGCAACAUGAAGCCUGACCACAUGCAGCGGCUUGCCUACAAGAUGUGCCACCUUUACUACAACUGGCCGGGUGUCAUCUGCGUGCCAGCACCCUGCCAUUAUGCCCACAAACUGGCCUUUCUUGUUGGGCAAAGCAUUCACAAGGAGCCCAGCCUUGACCUUUCCGAUCGACUGUAUUACCUUUAA